AAAUUUAUUAUUGCGGACUGACUAUUUUGAGGAAGUUUCGUUUGUGCUUCCCUUACAAAUUUUCUACUCUUCUUAAAUUGAAUAGCGAAUGCGUAUAACUUGAACGUGUUCCUUAAGGCAAUAUAGGUUCAUAAACAGUCAUUUUGAGUUGAACAUUACCAUCUCUACCUACUGUUUUUUCUCUGAAUAAGUUUUUGAACCAAUAUAAAUAUUUAUUUAUUCAGGUUUAAUUAUUUGGGUAGUUUCAUUUUGAUAUUGAGGGUUACUGUUGGUAGAUAGAUAGUGCUUCUGGUUAUUUACCUACUUGAAAGCUCGUGGUACAUUAGUGCGGUGAUUUGUGAAAAUUGAUUAAAGAAUAUUGAUUUGUUUAGUAUUCGCAGUUACUUAUUGUGUGUGAAGAAUCUGCACGAAGCCGAUCUAUCUACCAUUACCAUUACUACUACUGCAUGUUUCUGUCUCUUUUCUUUUGUGGAGAGUGGUGUAAUGUGCCAAUGAAGCUUCAGUGCUUUUUCGAACCAUACAAAAAAGCUUUCUUACUUCUCGUGCGAAGCCAUUGUUUGGUCAGUGUAUCCGACCGAACACCUUUUACUCUGGUCGCGUUCGACAAUUGAAAGUAAAUUAGUAUGAAUUAUGCUGCGAUCAGUUGCUGCAAACCGUAUUGCUGCGUUUUGUUGCUCGUUUAGUAAAUCUGUUUUUACGUCGCUCAGACUAUAUUGCCAGUACUCCAUCCCGAUUGUACACUGGUAACAAGAUACAUUACUGCACUUAAUUUUGCUCCAGUCUUGUUUUUUUGCUAUUUCUCUCAAUUGUAAAUCUGAACCGCCUUAGAAUUGGAUUACGGAAUUGAUGCAAACUACUUGAGACCAGCUCCUUUUCCUAUUUACCAUUUACUGUCUUUGUGUGUUCAAUAGUAUUCGCUUUCUAGCAAAUCAUAUUCACGCCCAUUCUGUGGCCUUUAGACAGUUAGUCUUGAGAACCUACAAAUAACAUCGUGUUUUCAUCUCUAUCUCAUCCACAUUUUUUUUGCAAUGGAUCGUUUCAAUGAAGCUGGUUUAGCAUCACCGGUAAUUUGUUUAUUCAAAAUGGCCUCAGAUAUCAUCUGAUGAUAUGAAUCCGUUUAAACUUUUGAAAGGAGACUUACUGCUUUGACCCUCGCUUUUUAUUUUAUACAUAUCUUUACUCUUUACACAAGUUAUUGCUUGGCCCGUUGCCUUACUAUUACUGCUUAUACCCAUGGUGUAAAUUCAAUCAUCCAACCGCAUCAUCAAAAUGACAAUCAAAAUAUUCUCUGGUAACGUGUCCCAGGUUCUGGCCGAGAAAGUUGCCAACCUUCUUUCCACCUCUCUCGGUUAUGCUAAGUCGGCCAAAUUCGCCAACGGAGAACUGAAUGUGGAGAUAGGAGAAAGUGUGAGGGGAGAGGAUGUGUACAUCAUCCAGUCGGGAUGUGGGGAGAUCAACGACAACCUGAUGGAGCUUCUGAUCAUGAUUAACGCCUGCAAGAUAGCCAGUGCACAGAGAGUGACGGCCGUGAUCCCACUCUUCCCGUAUGCCAGACAGGACAAGAAGGAUAAAAGCAGGGCACCCAUAUCUGCCAAACUGGUGGCCAAUAUGCUCUCUGUGGCUGGAGCAGAUCACAUUAUUACUCUGGACCUACAUGCAUCUCAAAUACAGGGGUUCUUCGACAUCCCUGUGGACAACCUGUACGCGGAGCCAGCGGUGAUUCGAUGGAUCCAAGACCACGUUGAUAAUCACGAAGAAGCGGUGGUUGUUUCCCCUGAUGCCGGAGGAGCCAAGCGGGUGACUGCAAUCGCGGACAAGCUGAAUAUCAACUUUGCCCUCAUUCACAAGGAGCGGAAGCGAGCAAAUGAGGUGGCCUCUAUGGUACUGGUUGGAGAUGUUUCUGGGAGGACUGCGAUUCUUGUUGAUGACAUGGCAGAUACCUGUGGAACCAUGUGUCAAGCUGCCACAAAGUUAAAAGAGGCAGGUGCCACCAAGAUCUACGCCAUGUUGACGCACGGCAUCUUCUCUGGCAAUGCACUUGAGAAGAUAGGACAGUCGUGCAUGGAGGCGGUAGUAGUCACCAACACCAUCCCCCAAGACGAGCAUAGGAGUACUUGUAGUAAAAUUAAGGUUAUCGACAUCUCAACUAUUUUGGCAGAGGCAAUCAGACGAACCCAUAAUGGAGAGUCAGUUUCCUACUUGUUCAAUAACGUGCCCAUGUAGAAAAUGGUCUUGCCGAAAUAUCCAACUGCAAAGAAAAACCCAGUGGACAAAACUUAAAACUCAAAUAUUAUUUCUGCCAUCGUCUCUUUGUACUAACUGUCCCGAUUCAUCUAGAAUACAUGUCAUACUGAACUGACCCAACCUUGGCCCAAUUUGCAGUAUCAUAUUUUGAAAUGUAGUCUAUCGACCCAAACUGGUCAUUUUUGAUUUUUUUGAAUAGCUGGACUAUUUUGUGAUUUGGCAAUGUUGCUAACUUAUUUUCUUUUGAAAAAGCUUCAUCGAAUGGAUUGAAUUUAACAAUCGCAAAAACUGUGUCUUUGAAAUCAUGCCCUGGCACAUUAUCAGCAAAAUCCGCAUUUCAUGUAAUUGAAAGCUAAACAGCAGACUAGUUUAUAAAAGGUGUUUCUGAUAUAGGCAAUGAUGUAGCGAAGACUUUGAUAGGUCGAGGUGAUUUUUUUCAGGAAGGUCUUGUAGUUUAAUGACGCUUAAAUUUGUUUUACGCGGUUUGAUUUGACAUUUUCUGAAUUGAAUUCAUUUCCUUUGUUCUAAGGAAGGUAAACUCAACUGCUGAAGUGUAAAGGUCACGCUCACGAAAACUUGAUCCACUUCUAAUUUCGAAGUUGAUUUUAAUUUUCAGAUUACCCAGCGGAA